AUGAAAUUUAAGAUGACUGACAGACAUGAGUGAAAUAAAAAGCGUUUCAGGCAAUAAUAUUUUCAACUUCUGCACUGUACAUAAACUUUCUUCUUCUUUUGUUAGCGAGUGCUAAUAAUUACAUAUUGGUAUUAUUAUUUAACGACACGACUACAAAGUCAACACAACAAUGGAUCUCGAAGAUAAUAUUUUAGGAUUGACCCCUGAACAAACUGAUAAAAUAUUACAAUUCCAAGAUCUUACUGGAAUAGAAGACAUGUCGAUAUGCAGGGACGUUCUUCAGAGGCAUCAAUGGGAUUUAGAGGUGGCUAUCCAGGAACAGUUGAAUAUAAGAGAAGGUCGUCCGUCUGUAUUUGCAACAGAAGCCCGAGCACCCCCUGUAGUCCAUGACCACAUAGCACAGCAAGUGUUCACAGACGACCCCCCGGAGGGUCCAGGCGGGAUGCGGGGGCUCCUGAACUAUGUUGUAAACUUAGUGGUCUCAAUGUGCUAUAGCACAGUUACGUCUGUAAUAAAUUUGUUGUUAAGUUUUGUCCGUACUGAUGAGAGGAGAUUGGUAACAGAUCCAUUAGGGGAUGUUAUGGGCUUUAUAAAUAGCUACACAACUAAGUACAAUGCUCACCCGGUGUUCUACCAGGGAACCUACGCACAGGCACUGAAUGAUGCCAAGAAUGAGCUGAGAUUCCUCAUUGUAUACUUACACUCUGAUUCAGCAACUGAGACACAGAACUUCUGCAGAACAACAUUAGCAGAUCCUGAAGUGAUCCAGUACAUAAACACAAAUGCCCUCUUCUGGGGCUGUUCUGUGGACACAGCAGAAGGCUGGCGGGUGGCGCAGUCGGCCGGGGGCCGCAGGUAUCCGCUACUCUGUGUGGUGUGUGUGCGGGAACACCGCAUGACUGUGGUCGCCCGCAGUGAAGGCUGCUGUUCUCCACAGCAGUUGCUGUCGCGACUGAGGCGGGUUGUCUCUGAUAAUGAGCCACAUUUAGCUGCAGCUAGGGCUGACAGAGUGGAACGAGAAGUGAACCAGCGUCUCAGACAGCAGCAAGACGAGGCGUACGCGGAGUCCCUUGCCGCCGACCAGGAGAAGGAGCGGCAGCGCGCGGCGGCGCGGGAUGCGCAGGCGCAGCGGGAGCGGACCGAGUCGCAGCGGAGACAGGAGGAGGAGGAUAGGAAACAGGAGCUGCUCGAGGCGCGCGCGGCGAUGGCGGCGCGGCUGCCCCCCGAACCCUCGGACCCGGUGACCAGCGUGAUGCUGCUGAUCCGGCUGCCGGGCGGAGAGCGACUGACUCGACGGUUUGGACUCGACCAGAGCACUUCGGACUUAUACGACUUUGUGUUCAGCCACCCGCAGUCCCCGGAAGAGUUUGAGAUCACGACCAACUUCCCGAAGCGGGUCGUGGAGCGAGACAUCAAGAACCUGACCGAGGCCGGCCUGAAGGACCGAGACGUGUUGUUUGUGAACGACGUCAACGCGUAAUUACUGACCCAGUGUGUUGGUAGUUGGCUCAGGGGGAUGCUGGUGAUGCUGUAGUGUGUAUUGUGUAACCAACUUAUCUUAAUCGGGGAUAAGUUAAUAACUAUAAUGGUGAUAUUUUUCUCUCAUCACUAGCUAUUAUAUCCGAAUUUCCAUUCUACAUCAGUUUUUCGUGUUUGGGCUGCGCUUUAACAUAAGUAAUUUCCUCACUAUUAUUGGUAAUUUAAUACCCUUGUUACACCUACCGAGUUGAGUGGUAAGACAGUAUUCUCGGCUGAGCACUCGGUCAAUUGCUAGCCGUUCGUUGGUCGAGGAUCGGCCGAUACUGUCUUACCACAGUAGGUGCAACAAGGGUAUAACAUGCUAUCACAUGAAACGCGCUACGUUUAGAAGGAUGCACAGUUAUGAAAAUCUACAAUAGAAAUUAUUUGUCUACGGUGGAAUUGAUAAGUUGGUUUCGUUAUACAUACAUAUAUUAUAAGAUGCAUAUUUGUUCAUGGGCUACGCAUGGUAUGGCGCAACAGAUUCGGAUGUCUAUGUAAAGCAAUAAAAAUAUUCAUAUCUACAAGGGUGGUAUUUCGAUGUCUCGUCUUUUCUUGUGAAAAUAUGUAUGGUUUGGAUACUUGGGCCAGGAAUGUCUGCCGUUUUAAUAUUUUAUCUGUAGAUCGUUGCGUUGCCCAUGAAAAUACCAUUCGGCGGGAGAUAAUAGAUCGGAGGUUUUAACUUGUAAGUUACACAAAAACAUACUUACAUAGUUAUUUUUCAUUAAGUUCUUCAGUUAUUUUGAUCCUAUCAAAUAAUUCAGUUUACUACUAAAC